AUGUCCACUCGCGCCCAUCCCUAUCGUCUUCCCUGUCGCACUCUCCAUCGCGGACGAUCAUCAUCGCCCGACGAUACCAUGCCUGAGGACCCGCGCACAUCCUCAGGUGAAGAGAAGAAACAGUCUGGGCCCCCCUAUAGUAUCAAGGGGCAGCUCUUUGCUAUUUCCGGGGCUGGGUCAGGCAUCGGACGUGCGACGGCUACACUGCUGGUUGCAAGCGGAGCAAAGGUCGCGCUGGGAGACAAGAAUGAAGAAGCAGUGUCGCAGAUUGCGAGGGAGCUUGGGGCGAGUGCGAUAUGGGCGAAGGUGGACGUUACAGUUAGGGAAGAGGUAGAGCAUUGGCUGGCGCAUGCGCCGACGAGGUUUGGAUUGAAGCAAAUCGACGGAAUUUCAGGUCGACUCGAAACUGCGGCGAAGUUCGACGCCGCGGACUACGAGGCCGUCUUCGCAGUCAACGUCCGAGGCACGUUCAAUUGUAUGUCAGCCGAGCUGCGCAACAUGCGUGUGGCAAGUUCAGGUGUGCCAGGCGGGUCGAUCGUGAACGCUGCGUCGAUAACAGGGCUUGUCGGCAAGCAAAACUGCUCCGUCUAUUGCGCCUCGAAGCAUGCCGUCGUUGGGCUCACAAAAGCUGCUGCAAGGGAGCAGGAGCACACUGGAAUUCGCAUCAACGCCAUCGCACCAGGCUUUGUCAACACACCCCUCAUGGACGCCCUCGAUACAGAACUUGGCUUCCAACUCCCGAACAACGCCGUGCUCGGCCGACGCGCCGACCCUAUUGAGAUAGCGAAAAUCAUCCAAUUCCUGCUAAGCAGCGACGCGAGCUACGUUACUGGCUCUGUGUGGCAGGUCGAUGGCGGCAUGCUGUGUUGA